AUGGACUUUGAAACAAAAGAUCUAGGGGAUGUCAAACACUUCCUAGGCAUGCAGAUAGAAAGAGAAGAAGAUGGUAGUUUUCUUAUUAACCAGAGUCACAAAAUACAGGAAGUAAAUGAAACUUUUGGGCUCAAUGAUGCCAAACCAGUCAACUCACCUAUGGAGACAAAUUAUCUUAAAGAAUUAAACAACUCAAUUAACCCCUUGCAAAAUGACUCACAAUUCAUAAGGGCAAUGGGGAAGUUACUAUACAUUGCUACAGUGGCAAGGCCUGACAUAGCCAUAGCAGUGGGAUUCUUAUGCAGCAAAGUAUCCCAGCCAACCCAGAUGGACUGGAACGCAGCAAAAAGGAUCAUACGCUAUUUGAAGGGAACAAUAGACUUUAAACUGAAACUUUCAUCAACAGGGAAAAGUGGUCUGACUGGAUAUGUGGAUGCAGACUGGGCAGGUGACCCCAGUGAUCGGAAAUCCACCAGUGGACACCUGUUUCUAUUCAAAGACGGGCUGAGCAGCUGGACCACUAGAAAACAGUCCACAGUGACACGGUCAUCCACCGAAGCAGAAUAUGUGGCCACAUCACAAGCAGGGCAAGAGGUAAUCUGGUUGAGACAAUUGCUGGAAGAUCUAGAUCAGAACCAAACAGAGUCCACGCCAAUCUAUGAGGACAAUCAAGGAUGUAUAGCACUCGCACAGACAGAGCGGAUAAACCUGAGAACCAAACACAUAGACACAAUUAAAUAUGACAUGCAAAGGGAAAUAAAUGCUUCUCGAGGAAGUAGUUAUUCUGUGUUGGAUCUGAUAAGGACACCUGUGCUGCGUCGGAUAUCUUUUUGUAUAUGUUGUACUUGGUUCUCCACCAGCUUUGCUUAUUAUGGUCUAGCAAUGGACCUUCAGAAAUUUGGACUGAGCAUCUAUAUUGUUCAGAUUAUCUUUGGAACAGUUGAUAUACCAGCUAAGUUUUUCUCCUAUUUUGUGAUAACACACAUGGGACGUCGUGUUCUACAAGCUGCUAGUUUGAUUUUAGCGGGGAUUGCAAUUUUAGUGAAUGUCUUUGUUCCUGAAGAGUUUCAGACAGUGAGAACCUCAAUGGCUGUUUUUGGGAAAGGAUGUCUAGCAGCAUCUUUUAACUGUGUGUUUCUAUACACUGGUGAAUUGUACCCAACUGUCAUCAGGCAGUCUGGUAUGGGGCUAGGCACCAUGAUGGCUCGUCUUGGAGGAAUAGUUGCUCCACUGGUUCAGAUGACGGCUGAUUUUUAUAUUCAUCUACCACUCAUCAUUUAUAGCCUUUGUCCUAUAUUUUCUGGCAUUGCUUCAUGCUUUCUUCCUGAGACACUAGGUGUGCCUCUGCCAGAGACCAUACAAGAAGUAGAAAGCCCUACAUAUAGGAAGAAGGUUUCAAAAUACAAGGAAGAGAUAUCUUUAAAAGAUGGAAUUUAAUCUCAAGAAAAAAAAAGUCUUCAUAUUAUUGCAUUUUCCAUCAAUUC